AUGAUCUUUUAUCCUUACAUUGACAUGAAGACCAGUAUAAUCCAGGCUGCCUUCAUGAUUCCAUUUCCAUUAGGACUUCUUCUGAUUCUACAAGAAAUUACCAUGCAAGCUUUGUCGUGGGCCCCUCCAAAAGCAGGCACUAUGUCAAAUGUCCCAGUGGGCGAGCGGUCGCAGCGCUUUGCUGAACGCUCUGGCCCGGAGACAAAGGGGAGGGCCUCCACGGCCGUCGGGGCAGAAUCUGGGAGCAGCGAAGGCCGGACCGCCCGGAGCAGCGCGCAGGUGGGACCGCCCGGCGCCGGCGGAGGCGGCCUGGACCGCGGGGCGGUGGCCCGGCUGCGGCCGCUGGAAGCGCGAUUCCCGGAGCGGGCGAGGCUCCUGCGACCCGCCUGCGCCGAGGAGGCGCGGCCCGGCUCCCAGGAUGCGGCGCACACAACAGAGGGGAAUGCGGUCCUGGGCUUUUUUCUUUUUGCAUACAAUUAUAGUGAUGGCAUCAUUUUUUUUGAAACAAACUGUCCAUAA